AAUGUAAGAGAUGGAAAAAAGGCCCUAUGAGAAAAAGGGAAAGCUAAGGAUGCUGGAGCAGAACAAUGGAUUUCUCCUUCUCUUUCAUGCAAGGGAUCAUGGGAAACACAAUUCAGCAACCACCUCAACUCAUUGACUCGGCUAACAACCGCCAAGAGGAUGCUUUUGAUGCCAGCAGUGACAUCACUGAAGAUGGUAGACAGACACCGUAUGAAGCAGCCCUUGCCUUGCAGCAAGGUUUUCAGUAUCCUACACCCACCACAGAGGACCUUCCACCCCUCAUUAAUGGAUUUCCACCAAUCAGCAUGUAUGAGCCCCAAGCCAAAUACCAGUCCUAUAGUCAGUAUCCCAAUGGCUCAGCCAAUGGCUUUGGCACAGUCAGAAACUUUAGCCCACCUGAGUAUUAUCAAAUGGAGAACUCUAACCUAAGGCCCCAUGACCUUCUGGAGAAACCAUCUCCCCCACAGCCUCCACCUCCUUCAGUAUCUCAGACGGUGAUUCCAAAGAAGACUGGCUCACCAGAAAUCAAAUUAAAAAUAACCAAAACUAUCCAGAACGGCAGGGAAUUGUUUGAAUCCUCUCUGUGUGGGGACCUUUUAAAUGAAGUACAAGCGAGCGAAUAUGCUAAGUCAAAACAUGAAGGAAGAAAAGAGAAGAGGAAAAAGAGUAGUAAACAUGACUCUUCCCAUUCGGAAGAGCGCAAGUCACAUAAAAUCCCAAAACUAGAGCCGGAAGAGGAAAACAAACCCAAUGAGAGGCUUAGCAUACUGUCUGAAAAACCAAGGGAAGAGCCAGUAGUAUUGGAUGAAACCCCGGCCCAAGAGGAAUCUCCUCUUCCAACACAAGUUGCAAGUGAAAGCAAGUUCGAAGUUGGGGAUCUCGUCUGGUCCAAAGUGGGAACUUACCCUUGGUGGCCCUGCAUGGUUUCAAGUGACCCGCAGCUAGAGGUUCAUACCAAAAUUAACACAAGAGGAGCACGCGAAUACCACGUUCAGUUCUUUAGCAACCAGCCUGAGAGGGCAUGGGUACAUGAAAAGCGGGUUCGAGAGUACAAAGGACGCAAACAAUAUGAUCAGUUGGUGGCAGAGGCUGCUAAGCAAGCUAAUCACUCUGAAAAACAGAAGAUUCGCAAACCGAGGCCGCAGAGAGAACGUGCCCAAUGGGAUAUUGGCAUUGCGCAUGCUGAGAAAGCAUUGAAAAUGUCUCGGGAAGAGAGGAUAGAACAAUACACCUUCAUCUAUGUAGACAAGGAGCCUGAGGAGACUUUGUCCAAGGCCAAGAGGACUCCUGUGCCAAAGGCAGAGCCUAAAAAGACUCGCCGAUCUAAACCGUCACCAAACCGCCAGCCGGAACAGGCCAGUGAGGUUUUGGCAGCAUCCUCUCCAUCCAAUACCGAGGUGCGGAGGCACAGUCAGAGGAGGCAGUCGACUGUGGAGGAAGAACCGCCUCCUGUGAAAAUACCAUGGAAGACGGCGGCAGCCAGAAAAUCCUUACCAGCAUCAAUAACUUUGCACCAGGGGACCUUUGACCUUCAGAAGUGUAAUAUGUCUCCAGUUGUUAAAAUUGAACAAGUUUUUGCGCUCCAGAAUGCUGCCGGGAAUGGAAAGUUCAUUGAUCAGUUUGUUUACUCUACCAAGGGUUUGGGAAACAAACCAGAAAUAAUCAUCAAGGGGCAUGACAAAAUCAUUUCUGUCUCAAAUCAGCGAAACGAGAGGGCCUCUUCACAAAGGUCACCUUCUCCUGAAACAUCUGGGUUGGCAAGUUCUGUAGAAAAGAAGCAACAGAGAAGAUCAAUACGAACACGCUCGGAGUCUGAGAAAUCCACUGAAGUUGUGCCAAAGAAGAAGAUCAAAAAGGAGCAGGUAGAAACUGUCCCACAGACAGCAGUGAAGACUGGAUUGCAGAAAGGUGCCAGUGAGAUUUCAGAUUCUUGUAAGCCCCUAAAGAAAAGAAGCCGUGCAUCAACAGAUGUGGACCUCACUAGCUCAGCAUACAGAGAUACCUCUGAUUCUGAUUCAAGGGGACUUAAUGAUCUACAGGGUAGCUUUGGGAAACAGUCGGACAGCCCUUCUGCUGCAGCAGACGCUGACGCUUCUGAUGUACAGUCUGUGGACUCAAGUUUAUCAAGAAGAGGUUCUGGGAUAAGUAAGAGGGACACUGUUUGUCAGAUUUGUGAAAGCUCUGGUGACUCCCUGGUUUCCUGCGAAGGCGAGUGCUACAGAGUCUUCCAUUUAGAAUGCUUAGGGCUGAGCUCACAGCCCGAAGGGAAGUUCAUCUGCCUGGAGUGCAAAAAUGGGCAGCACACGUGCUUUUCCUGCAAGCUACCGGGCAAAGAUGUGAAACGCUGCUCGGUCAGCGCCUGUGGAAAAUUUUACCACGAAGCCUGUGUCCGGAAGUUCCCCACGGCUGUCUUUGAGUCCCGAGGAUUCCGUUGCCCCCAACACAGCUGCACCGCCUGCUCUGUAGAUAAGGAUAUUCACAAAGCCAGCAAAGGUCGCAUGGUGAGAUGUUUGAGAUGCCCCAUUGCCUAUCACGCGGGAGAUGGCUGUAUUGCUGCGGGAAGUUUGUUUGUGUCAUCCCACAUUCUCAUCUGUAGUAACCAUUCCAAAAGGAGCAAUCACUCUUCAUCAGCUGUAAAUGUAGGCUUUUGUUUCGUUUGUGCAAGAGGGCUGAUAGUGCAGGAUCAUUCAGACCCCUUGUUCAGUUCUUAUGCCAAUAAAUCCCACUACCUACUGAAUGAAUCAAAUCGUGCUGAGUUGAUGAAAUUACCUAUGAUUCCUCCUUCUUCGUCAGCUUCCAAAAAGAAAUGUGAGAAAGGUGGAAAACUGUUAUGCUGUGAAUCAUGCCCUGCCUCCUUCCAUCCGGAGUGUCUUAACAUAGAGAUGCCAAAUGGCUCCUGGAACUGCAAUGACUGUAAAGCUGGCAAGAAGCUGCGAUACAAACAGAUUGUUUGGGUCAAGCUUGGGAAUUACAGGUGGUGGCCAGCUGAGAUCUGCAACCCCAGGUCUGUUCCUCUCAACAUACAGGGCCUCAAACAUGAUAUCGGGGACUUCCCUGUGUUUUUCUUUGGUUCACAUGACUACUAUUGGGUUCAUCAGGGCAGAGUAUUCCCUUAUGUUGAAGGAGACAAAAGCUUUGCUGAGGGGCAAACUAAUAUUAACAAGACCUUCAAGAAAGCACUUGAAGAAGCUGCAAAAAGGUUCCAGGAACUGAAAGCACAAAGAGAAAGCAAAGAAGCACUUGAGAUUGAGAGAAAUUCAAGAAAGCCGCCUCCCUACAAACACAUAAAAGCCAACAAAGUAGUAGGGAAGGUUCAGAUUCAAGUGGCAGACUUGUCCGAAAUCCCACGAUGUAACUGUAAGCCAACGGAUGAAAACCCUUGCGGUCUGGAGUCAGAAUGUCUAAAUCGCAUGUUGCAGUAUGAGUGCCAUCCUCAAGUAUGUCCUGCAGGAGAACGGUGUCAGAAUCAGUGCUUCACGAAAAGACUCUAUCCGGAAGCAGAAAUCAUUAAAACAGACCGCCGUGGCUGGGGCCUCAGGACAAAACGGAACAUUAAAAAGGGUGAAUUUGUAAACGAAUACGUUGGUGAAUUAAUAGAUGAGGAAGAAUGCAGGUUGCGAAUCAAGCGUGCUCAUGAGAACAGCGUGACUAAUUUUUAUAUGUUAACUGUUACAAAGGACCGUAUAAUAGAUGCUGGCCCAAAGGGGAAUUACUCUCGAUUCAUGAACCAUAGCUGUAACCCCAACUGUGAAACUCAGAAGUGGACAGUGAACGGCGAUGUCAGAGUUGGGCUCUUUGCUUUGUGUGAUAUUCCUGCAGGGAUGGAGUUAACGUUUAACUACAAUUUGGACUGCCUGGGGAACGGGAGGACAGAAUGCCACUGUGGAGCAGAUAACUGCAGUGGGUUUCUCGGAGUGCGGCCAAAGACGGCGUGUGCGACGGCAAAUGAAGAGAAGGCCAGAAACGCAAAAUUGAAGCAGAAGAAACGGAAGAUAAAAACAGAGCAGAAGCAAAUGCAUGAGGACAACUGCUUCCAGUGUGGGGACGGGGGUGAACUGGUCAUGUGUGACAAAAAAGACUGUCCCAAAGCGUACCACCUCCUCUGCCUUAACUUGACCCAGCCACCCUUCGGGAAAUGGGAAUGUCCGUGGCACCAGUGUGACAUCUGUGGCAGCCCAGCGACAUCCUUCUGCGAGUUCUGCCCUCAUUCGUACUGCAAGGAUCAUGAAAAAGGAGCCCUCGUAGCCUCCGCCUUGGAAGGGCGCCCUUGCUGCUCUGAACACAACCCCAAAGCCCCCGUGGCGCCCGAGUACUGGUGCAAGAUCAAACGCCGACUGGAGCAGCAGAACCCCGAGGAGGAGUCGAAAGAGUGAACUCAUCUUCCCUUCCCAGCCAAAACAAAAAAAACAAACUCUUUGAGCGGCAAAUCAUUGUGAAUUUGGAUCAAGUGCCAUGGGACCUUUGUCUUUGGAACUGCCUCCGUGGAACUCAAACCGGGACCAUCUAGAUCUCGAGGCGGCUGGUACGGGCACGGCACGCCAGCCUCCGUUGGCCCUCGGGUGUCUUCUUAGGUUCUCGGAGAACAGGAAGAAAGUGUCUCGGCAACUUUCUGUGGUUGCUGUUUGAAGAGGAAAAUCUAUCUGACGUCGAGGGGGGAGAGGGGGAAAAAAGACAUCAUGUUUUAAGUACGUUCUUUGAGUGUAGAAACCAAACAUAACAAAAUAUUUAUUUAUUUAAUUUUUAAUGGACUUUAGAGGAUUUUUUUUCUGGUCCUAUUGCAGUCAAUGUGUCUAAAAGGAGUAGCAACACCGCCCUGGUAUCUAUCGCUGUAUGUAUCUGUAUUUCCGCCCCCCUGCCCCCCAAAAAAUCCUUGUCUAGGUUUAGAACUGUUAAGAAAAAGCUACUCUUCAUACCAGUCGCCUUUCAGAGAAAUCUGUGGAAGAAAUGAAUAACAAACAUAUUGUGGCAGCUGACAGUGAGAGGACUUCAUUCCAGUAAGUUCACCAUGGAAGAAAAUUUUGAGACGAGAAGAUGCUGUAUGUCAGUUAACUUUCCAGAGAGUGAAUCUUGAUCAUGAUACCAGAGGUUCUCCCGCAGUGAACGACAAGGAAUCCAGUUGUUUUUAAAGUGUGUUCGGUUUGACAUGACGCUUGGAACAACUUCCAAAAAAAAAAGCACCAUACAGAGGGCAAGAACUUACAUAUGGUGUUUGAAAUCCCACCUUUGUUUCGAAAAAGCUUGGGCAGGAGAUGCUUAUGAUGGGCUGUGUCCAUAAUAAUCUGCCAUUUUUAGUGUGAAAAGCUGUAAGCAGCCUGGGGAAUAUCAUAUGUUUUGCUCAGCACACCGUUUAAUUAUGCAUAUGUCACUUUUCUACUGUUAAUGAAUUUUGGGGCGAAGAAGUGGGAAAUCUGCUUUUCUUGCCCAUUGCAAGUAUUUGCCACCCCCUGGGGAUCAAAGUCAGCGCUUUGUUGCCUUCUCCGUUUUUGCUCUCCCCCUCAUCUCGAGUCCCGUGUGCUCUUUCUUCUGUGGAUCAAGUGCAUCAGGAGUUGUAAUCUGGCCCCUUGGGUUUUCCAGAGUAGACAUAGUCUAGAUGGGCGGGAUACAAAUCUAAUAAAUAAAUAAAUAAGAACUAGAGAGUUGAAGAUGCUGUACGAUUUGGAUCUUCUUUCUGGGGCUUUGUAACUGUUUCGGUAGGUGGUUGGUCAAAUGAAGUCUCUCCACGGAGGAAGAUCAGUCAGUCUAGAAAAGCAUCAUGUGUCUAGAUGGUCCAGAAAACCUUGUGUUUGUUCGUUGUUCUUUACAGAAUGACAGUACAGCACUGAAAUAACUAUUUUAACGUAUUGUUUUCUCCUGGAGGGGGUUCUCUAAACUUCCUUUUCCUUGCAGUGUCAAAAUAAUGAAUUCCUGUGACAGCAUUUAUCUUCAGAAAAUGGACAGUUGGCAGGUUUCUUGUGUUCCUCAAUCAGGUUUUUUUGAGUAGGUAUUUUAUCUUGCUUUUAAAAUGCCUGUAAUCUAAGGGAAAACAAAAUACAGCCUCUGUUUACUUCUUUUGUACAGGCUUAAAAAUAAUUUUAACACACUACAUUUCUUUCAAGCACAUGAGAAAUCUUUUUAGCUUCUGGGUCAGCUUGUAGUCUCGCUCUCGUUUUUCUUUUUUAGCCCACAGAAUACCUUGCGAUCACGAUGCAUGUUCCUGAAGUCUUUUGUGGGCCAGUUGAAUGAUAGCAGGGCACAACAGGAAGAUGCCAAUCAUUCAUUACACUAAAGGAAAAAUAAACACUACAUUUAAAAAAUGUGUAUUAAAAGUUAAGAGUUUAGUUUCUGAAUGUAUUUUCUGGUAGUAUUUCCUUAUUCCUUCUAUCUCCUUCUCUUCCUUUUAAAAAUGGUGGUAGUGGCAGAAUAGCAGAAGGGGGGAGGAUUUGGCCCCGGUCUAAAAGCCUAAUAUUUUCACCACAGCGUUUAUAGAACUGUUCUUGCCCUCUUUGUAAAGCUGGUGGGCGUGGAAUGGGGCAAGGAUGGCACAUAAACACACUCUGCCAUGCUGUCUUCUCCAUCCUCUUCUGUCACUUAGCAAGGAUGGGAAUGCACAGGUCGUUUUCCUGACAGUGCCUUUUGAGAGCCAGUCUUUUCACUGGGGUCAGCAAAAGAUGCCAAUAAAAUUACAGGAAGGGGUUGAAAUGCAGCACCUAAAUGGCUGUAGACAGGCUACAGGCAUUAUAGCAUCCAAGGUGGGGGCGAUCUCAUGUGCCACCCAACUUUAGCUCUUCACUUGCAUCUUCCUCCUCCUGCCUCCGUCCCUCCCCACCUUUGCCUGCACAUCUCAGCUAUCACACACAGCUUUCAACUCCAGGCUUUUCAUGUAGUUGAGAAGCAUGUAAUAAUCUCAGAACUGGAAAGGACCCUAUCGAUCAUUGAGUCCAGCUUCUGUCAAGGAGGCCCAGUGGGGAAUUGAACUCCCAGCCACUGGCUCUGCAGCCAGGGACCUCAACCCCCGAGCUAUCUAGCUGUCGUCAUCACCCUGAGCCAAUACUGGAGUUGUACCUAGCACCAUUCUUGUGGCUUGCAAGUCACUUUAAGAGCAGUUUUGUAAGAAUAUAUCCAUAGGCACUCCACUACAAUGUCACCCUUACAGAAAUGUGCUAAGAAGAGAAGAAAAUAUUCUUUACAAGAAGAAUAUCCAUUAGGUAGAAAUGUUUCAGAUCUUAGAUGGACUGAUCGUGAGUGUUUUUACACUUUAAUUCAUUAUUCUUAAUUUUAAUGUCCAGCACUUGUUUUUUUUUAUUUCAAAAAUUGCUACUGGAAAGCCAGUAGAUCUUUUUGUUGUUGUUGUUGUUAGAAAAAAAGAAAAGCUGCUGCUUCAUAUAACAUUUUAAUAGUGUUACAGAAAUACUAAUCAUGGAGUAAAGAGUUUCUUACUGUGAUCAAGACUGGUAUCUAUUAUUCUUAGUUUUUCUCUAUCCCCUUGCUCCCAAUUCUAACUAUUUAUCAUGAACUUGUUUCUUUUAAAAUGAGUGAUUGAAAGAACACUCCUUACUGGAGGUGGGGUUUAGUUGACUGAAGAGCAUUAUGUCCUAAGACUGGCCUUCUUGUAAGACAUUCCUGAAAGACAACCCACCCUUCAUGCCUGUUGGUGUUGCAGCUUUACCUGGAAAAUGCCCCCCUUCGCCUCUCCCACUUAUUUCUAACUACAUGUAAGAUUAAUCCAUCAGAUUGUCUUCAAGCAGCUAGUACAGUUCUCAAGAACAUCAUGCUUCCAAUCCUGAAUGUAUUUACAAUAGGAAUAUCUUUCCCUGUGGCUGCAAAUCUGUGCCCUCUUUAAUUGGGAAUGAAUUAUGUUGAGCCUGAAGGCAAUUAUUUUAAAGUGAAACAUGUAGUCAGUGGGACUUACAUCUGAGUAGACGUGGAUGCUCUGGUAGCCUGGAUGCCUAAAUGCUGGUCUGAGCUCUAUGUAGAACUGGUUAAGGCUUGCUUUACUCCAUGGAUGGAGUAUGUGUGUUACCUGAAAAGUGGAAUAUUUGCUGAUUUCCGUACUAGAAUCAUGCACUUCUUUGUUCUUCUUACCUUAGCCAUUAAGAUAUAAGAACAGAAAAUGUUUUCCGCCCAGGGUUGUUAUCUGUAGAGUACGGAAGUCUUGAGGCUGCAUUUUUUCGUCUUUCCAUUCACCAGAAUUCAGGGUGGCUUCUCCCACUGUAGUUUCAAUGGCAAAGAUGCACUUCCAUAAGGAAUACUGCUUUUCUGCAAGCGCAUGAAAAGGUACUGUGCCAACUGAAAUCAUGUGCAUUUCUCUUCAGAGAGUAUAAUAAAAGUCGUGAUGCUGCAGCUAUGCUCCCUGGAUGUCAGCCAGGUCAUAUCAUGAUGAAUAUUGUCCUGUAUAAGGGAAUGUGUAUCUGUGGAAACACAUACGGGUUUGUCCGUCUGUGUUUGAGUUACAUAUUUCUAGAUCUGUAGCUUCCCCAUCAAACAUUAUGGUGUUCACAGCACACACAAGCAGUGGACAAUCAAGAAACAGUUCUGGUGUAGGAACAGCAGCAUUACUCGUAAUAAUAAUUAACAUGUCUUGGAUCAUGUUUUAGGGAAUGGAGUAAGAGCGAUAAUUUUUAUCUUUUUGUUCGUUGGGCGAAUCUGGCCACUUAAAUUGCCAUCUUGCACUGCUUUUUCACCCAUUUGUUUCCAGAAUGGGUAUGACUUCAGGCUGUUUAAUUUUUAAAAAAUCAGAGACUUGAAUCUCUGGCCUCUUGCACACUAAUAGCAAAUGUUUUUUUUUUUAAAAAACAAGUGUUUUUUAUGUACUAUCUGAUAUUUUUCCCAAUGCAUUUGGGACACGGACACACUUGAUAACAUGGCAUUUCAGCAGUUCGCAGCUGUGCAUCUCUGCAGAUAAAAUGUAGAGUGAGAAACGAGACUUUUAACACUUUUUAACAAAAAGUAAAAGGCAAGGAGUGGGUGCAUCACUUGUCUUUGCGCUUGGACUCCUCUGACAUAUACAGGUAAUAUCAGGAAGAUGUAAUUAAGUAGAAUAUCGUUGGCAAUGGCCUUCUAACCAUAGAUGACUGUAUAUACUGAGAAGUUAUGGGUGGGGUUUGGGAGGGGUGGAGUGUCUGCCGCUGGUACAGAUUUUAGUCACUUUAACAUUGAAACUUCUGCCUCACUGAAUUCAGGGUUUAAUGUACUUGAAGCCGUUUCCAUUCUUACUUUAAAACAUGUGUUUUAUUUAUGUGUUUUAUGGGUUAUUGUGAAAGUAUCUUUUCCCAUCUUAUCAUGGAAUCUAAAAUUGAUUUCCGUUCCAGUUGCAUUUCCAAAUGAAUUGGAAAGUGUGUGUGUGUCUGUGUGUGCGCGUGUGCACACGUGCGCAUGUGUGUGCCCAUUUCCUGGGCUCGUAAGAAAGAGUUCCCACAGGGAGACAGCAGCAGCGUUAUGACUUUCCAACGUGAUUACUUGCAAUGUUGAAUUAGCCCUUUCCCUUUUUUUUCCAUUCCCUUUCACACGUUUCAUGAAAAAAAAUGCACUUAUUGAAACACUCCUGGAUGUAUGAUGAAUUGUUGGAGGGGGUGAAGUUGGCGAAAUAGCCUCCUGUGCCAUUCUGUUGUGCAAAAAAAAAAAAAAA